AUGCCGCCCGUCCCCCAUCCACCCGCCCGCCAUCCCCACAGCGAAAACUCCCCCACGCCCCUCCUGAAGCCGUCCCCAGCAAUCCUCACACAGGUACCACCGCCCCGACCCCCCGCGGACCCAUCUCUCCAUGUUUUGCCCAGGCGCUUUCUGGGGCCCAUACCGGGGAAAGUGCUCAAUUCAUCCCACCUUCAGGAAAAGAGACGGCAUUUCUAUGAUCUCCGUAGGAGGGCAGCAUAUAAGGUCAGACAUGAAUUAAUCGGGAGAAAAGACUCAUUGAGCGGUCUCGAAGAAGACGAUCCUGAUGAAGGCAUUCUCAGAAGAGCUGCUCUCAAAAUAGGCAUACCAGGGUUAGGUCAGAACGGAGACAGAGAAGAAGAUUUCAGUCCGGAGUCUGAUCACGAAAGUGAAAGUUAUGGUCCGCAGACUACGGUAGGGAAAGAAACCUGGUUUGGAGAGAGCUUCGACAUUGGAAGAGAAUUUGAGUCCGAAGGACAUGACAAUGACGAGCCUUCCAUUCUUGCUACAAGGGACACAUCUGUCCGAGGGUCGGGAUCACCGGACCAAAACCGGAGGCAGAAGUAUACUCAACAACAACGUCACCUCGCCCCCCACCGACCCUCUAAUGCCACUCGUUCUACUGAGGAGACAUUCUUCACCGCGCGAUCCCAGAAUUCAGAAGCGAUAGAAUCUUCCAUUGACGAUUGCCCUACUCCUGUUCUUGAGCACAGCCCCGACACGCAACUUUCGCAAUCAUCCUCAAGGCAGCCUCUCAUAAGGUCCGCCCAAAACCGUGCAGAUCAACACCCUCCCCAGUGGAUAGACCCAAAUACCAAAAAGGGAAAAGGCCCUGCAAAUCAAAGCCUCUCCAGUUCGACAUUUACAGUACCCCAAAAACUCAAAUCGGCAUUCCGACAUACUUCAGAGUCCCCUGUCGGCGCCGCGGAACCGCCUGGGAUUGACAAAUCUAGAAUGAGGGAUCUGCCACAGAAGACUAAGAGUGUGCAGUUUCCUAUGGACCCUAUUCAUUCUGUAGCCUCUGAAACAGGGAAAACGAAAGCAAAAGAUCGCAAUAGCCCAAUUGAUCCAAAUAUGGUGUUAUCAAGAGAGGGGGAAGAGGUACAGGGAACUAGUUCUGGUGCUGCAGCGGAUGCCAUGGUCGAGGGAGAUAAAUCUCAAGAACUCCUGGCACGCCAAGGGAACGUUUUGUACAAAGAUCGCAUGCUUGUGCGAGUUGGUUAUCAUCGAGAAGAGAAUAUUCUCUCAUUUGACGAGGCAUCACAGAGACGCAAUCCUUGUUCAAAAUUGGACCCCUUUGAGGAAUAUAUUGUUGUUUGGCGAAAGGGAUUUGUUGAACUCUAUCAAGAAUGGCGCAUGCCUUUGCGAGAACGAAUGACUGGCUCCAAGCGGUUGUGCUUUGCCAUCCCGCUCAUGCCCCAUCGAUCUUCGCUCUCAAUAUUCAAUCCAGAUGACCUGACCUUGUGUCUUACUACUUCUGUUGAGAAGCUACAGCUAGAGGUUGAAGCACUCCUCAAAUCGCCGAAGACGUCGCACAUCUCAGACCUCAAGAACAGAAUGGCACAAUCAUCACAAGUGCAAUGGCUCCGGGGUCACAAGAAAGGCACUCAAAUCUUUAUACUCAAACUGCCAGAAAGGUCUCGCGCAUUGGACUGGUACUGGGAGCUAUGGAGAGACCUAGGGGGUCAACUUCCGGAACGAUUUGACAUUUCGGUUCCCGUCGUGUCGACUUCAAUCCGCAUGGGUAUCCCUCGAGACGUAGAUAAUGGUCAAGCAGAUAGUGGUCAAUUACUGCGGCAUUUUUGUCCUGACACAGUUAUCAGAACAUGCUGGGAAAUGCUGCAGAAGGAAACGGCAUUCAAUGACAUUGUACAGCAGGGCAGGCUACAAGGAAUCAAGGACGAGGUAGAUCUUCAACUGGUUUGGAAAGCAGGUGACGGAAUGUUGGACUGGGUGGCGUAUUUAGAGACAGUAGAGGGAAAGAAAAGACCAUGGGCUUUACUAGCAGGCCUCGCCAGACUACAAAACAAUCCCUCUCCCAGAGAGCUACAACUUCGCCCCGCCAGGCAUCAUCCAAAAUCCAUGAAGUUAGAAGAUGGCACCAUAUUAGAGGAGCCACCUGGUAUAGAGGGGUAUCUUUUCCGAAUACAUGGACCUACUACCAGAAGCACAAUUUACCUUGCGUCCCAUGAUGGUUGUCUGUUUAUCACAAACAUGAAAGACUCAGAACCUCCUUUACUACCGAAUCAGGAAGGUUCAACCCCUUCUAAACUCUUUUCGGAAGUACACAAAGAAUUCUUGGAAAAUGAGCGCCGGCGGAUGGCGUCUGUGAUCCGAAGGUCUGCAGGCUGCAUCGAUAUGAGGGAUAUCGCAAUGAUCCAGUAUCCUAGCCCAGCAGGAAAAGAUGCUGACGGACGAAGGGACACAUUUGAACUCAGAUUUACUGCUGGAGGACCCAUGAAGCUGGAAGCUCACACUCCCGAGAUAGCUCAGGAAUGGGUUGAGUGCUUGGAGGCGUUAAAGUCUUAUUGGAAUCAUCAACAUCGAGUAGAGGCUCGGCAAAGAAUGGACGCCAUGUCAGCUGCUUCGGGGCGUACGCACGGUGAUGGAAUAGAUGAAUUUCUAGGAGAGAUAUGGAACUGGUGCACUAUUCGAGGCUGCAGACCUAUCUGCCUUUCUGGAAGAUUGUAUAUGAAGCAGGGUGCUCAUGAAAAGUUCAGGCUCAAAUACAUGGCAUUAAGCCAGGGAUCAUUUGUGUCAUUUGAAGUCACUGGCAAAGCCUCGUUCCAUGUCAGAAAAAAGAACUAUCCGUUGUUCGGUGCCUAUACAUAUUCUGGGUUGUUAGCUCACGACGAGAUUCACGAGCCUCAUAAUAGGGAUGCGUUCCUUCCUCAACAUCGCGUUUACCAAGAUGGUCUACAAUCAUUUGAUGGACCGGAAGACACCACCUUCUGCGUUCGCUUGGCCAUAUCGGGGUCCCAUUCUGGGGCAAACGCCAAUGAUCCUUGGGACUCUUCAGAUUACAGAGAUCACACUUCCAUGAAGUUGAGCAAAUCACCCACAAGUUUAUUGAUCUUCCGCGCAAGAUCCAAACUGGAAAGAGAUCGUUGGGUAUGGGCAAUUAACGCAGAAGUAGAGCGGCAAGCAAGGGCUCACCUUGACCAGCAAAAUCUUUUCCGUGCAUACGGAAAAGUGAUUGACCGGUGGUGAAAGUUUUCAAGCUCAUGCAAAGAUUGCCUGUGGCCAUAUUAGUGAUAUUCCAGUGUCUCAUAUGUUGAAAGAAUGAUAUGGGAAAAGCAAAUGAGUCUAGCUACUAGUGACAUAGAGGAUACUUAAGUUAGUAGGCGCUAUCUUAACAUGCAGGGCCAGCGGAACUCCUACAAGUCAAUAAGCUAGUAGAGAUCAUUGGGACCACCAAGCUUAGUCCGUGGCGUCAGAACGCAAUUGGAGGAUCCUGUGUCCCGUUGAGAAGGUUGCAGAGUGAUCGCAGGAGAUUGCAAAUAUCGCUUAUGUUGGAAUGUGCGACUCCCAUAAUUGCAUUGUUCUCACCAGAACCAAUAACACUAGGCUUUUUGGCGAGAAGGUUU